CCCCUCAUUCAGCUCCCAAACUACACCGAGAUUUGGAAUAUUACGUUACAGUCCCGCUGGAAAAUGGCGACUGUAAUUCAGAAUCCCUUGAAAUCGCUGGGUGACCAGUUCUACAGGGAUGCCAUCGAGCACUGCCGCAGCUAUAACGCCCGUCUGUGUGCCGAGCGCAGCGUGCGCAUGCCCUUCCUGGACUCGCAAACGGGCGUGGCCCAGAACAACUGCUACAUCUGGAUGGAAAAGUGCCAGCGGCAGCCAGGCAAGGCGGCGGGACAGAUGUAUGCCUACCCUGCACGUUGCUGGAGAAAGAAGAGGAGACUCCACCCACCCCUCGACCCACAGCUUCGCCUUUGUGAGCUAAGACUAGAGGCUGAAAUGGCCCCCAAGCGUGAGGGCCCCCCUGGGGAGGCCACUGCCUUGGAGGCCCUACUGAGGGCGGACAACCUCCUGGAGAAAAAAAACAAUUUGGCAAAGGAAGAGGAGACCAUGCUGGAAAUACAGCGGGUUCUAGAGGCAGAGGAAAAUGGCGACAGCUGUCAAAAUGAUGAAGACUUUGAAGUGGAUACUCCAAAGAGGAAGAACAGAAACAGAGGAAAAAACAGAGGUUCCAGUCGUAAGAAGACAGAAGCGGCGAGCGCGGACGACCAGGACAAACCUUAUGUUUGCGACAAUAGACACAAACAAAAGCAUAACUCAAAAAAGGCUGAAGAAGUCUGUGGAAAGCGCUACAAGAAUCGUCCUGGCUUGAGCUACCACUACACUCACACCCACCUGGCCGAGGAGGAGGGCGAGGAGGAGAGAGUUAGUGAUCCUGCACCAUCUCCUCCACCACGCAUUUCUGAGAACCACAAACCUCAGAAGGGUCCAGACGGUGUCAUCAUUCCCAACGACUACUGUGACUUCUGCCUUGGAGACCAGGACUCCAACAGGAAAACGGGCCAAGCAGAAGAGUUGGUGUCUUGCUCGGACUGUGGACGUUCUGGUCACCCGACAUGUCUGCAGUUCACAGACAACAUGAUGCACGCCGUGAGGACGUACCAGUGGCAGUGCAUUGAGUGCAAGUCGUGCAGCCUCUGCGGCACCUCAGAAAACGACGAUCAGCUUCUGUUCUGUGAUGACUGCGACAGAGGCUACCACAUGUACUGCCUGAAGCCGCCCAUGACACAGCCCCCUGAUGGAAGCUGGAGUUGCCACGUGUGUCUGGACUUGCUGAAGGACAAGGCCUCAUCCUUUGGAGAAGCAUAACAACCGGGGGCUUACAUUGUGGUCGUCUACACUCACGCAUUUCUGCUAGUUACUGUAAAUGCUCUGAUUAUAGCCGGGACGUUUAUUUACCUAAACCACAAAAAAAGGAUCAUCAUCAUAAUCAUCAUAAUUAGAGAAAGGAAUGUGAAAAGUCAUUAUAUUAUAUUAUUAUAAAAAUUAGGGGUGUCCCGAUCCAAUAUUUGUAUUGGAUAUUGGUCUGAAACAAAAAGAAAAACAAGAUUUGGAAGAUACUGCAUAUUCUUGCAUGUAAAAUUUGUGAUAUAAUGUCCGAUACAAGCAGUCCUGCAGUGUGUUUACUUGUGCAAAGCUGGACAGCCAGUUAACAUCUAAAUGUCCUCCAAUAAGCACACAAAGUUGGUGUUUUCUUGUAUUUUAGUCAAGUCAUUUACAAAAGGUAAACAUGGUAGGCUAUAGGCUAGGGAUGUCGCCAACCAGUAUCGGCUGCUUUCCUUGAAAAAGUAAGUGAUCGCCAUACUUUUCAAUGCCGAUCACAAAUGCUGAAAAGCCAACAGCUAAUUGUGUAUCUCCAUACACAGUGUGGAGCCGAGAAGUAUAUGCUACUUUGUAUUAGAAAUGGCAACAGCGGAGGAUACAUGUGCACAUACGAGCCAAUCUGCCCCACCGCAAGAGGAUAGAGAAAAAGAAGGAACUUAUUGACUGAAAUGUCAGACUACAAUGGCGGACUCGCGCAAAGCACUUUGAGUAAAACUUUACCUUAUAUGGAGCUUUCCGUUGACAUCACCAAUUGUAAAACGUCACAAAUUGGCCAAAUUCCAAACGGUUUGUUUGGAGGAAGAAUGAAGGAAGGCAAGAUUGUUAUAUAAAUAUCGCCGCCAGGGUUUGAUUUCAUAUUUUCGGUACUUAUGCAGAUCCCAAAUACAAAAAAACAGGUACCAAUAGGUAAGAAAAGUUGGUUUUGCAUAAUAGGUCCUCUUUAAGUGUCAUACUCAAGUAUUAGGAUAAGGCUAAACAUGUUACACACCUAUAGCAAGCCAGGAUCAGGCAUGCUAUAACUAAGCUAACAGCUAACCUACCUUUAAACAACACCAAUAAAUAAUUGCUUAGUAAAGUUGAAGAAUUGUAAAUGGAACAAUGUUACAGCAGAAAGUAAGUAGAUUAAUACGAGUACAGAGAGAGGAUAAUAUAACAACAGCAUUGUCACAGUUUGAAGUACACAUA